CUGGUGUAGAUGGAACGCCUUUUCCUAUCGGGAACGUGAGUUCCGAGAGUGCCAUCGGAACCGGUAGAUUGUAAACAACGUACCCUCACCAGACGUCAUCAACUUCCAUUUAUAGUAGAUGACUACCGGAACCUUAACCGAGGAGCAGUUCAGAGAUGCUGCUGAGCGGUUUUUGGAACGAUCUCACCGAAUCGGUGAUGACUGGGAACUCGUCAAAUCCGAAAACGGAACAUACCUCACAAAGCGAUUGAAGCAGACACUAAAGAAGGAGAAAGCUGAAACCGCCGGUGAGGAUGAAGAAUUGAUCGUAGAUGAUCCUUCUUUAGGGAGACCGACCCCAAGCGAUGAAGAUGUCUAUCAGUUCGAGUAUCACGUAGUUUACAGCGUUAGUUACCAGGUUCCCGUUCUGUACUUCAAUGCUUACAAGUCCGAUGGAACCAUGCUCCGACUGGAGGAAGCCUGGCAGGGAUUUCGCGAUCUGGCGUCGGAAAGCCGGGAACAGUUGAGGCGAACUCUAACCCAGAUGGAACACCCGAUACUUUUCCGCCCAUUUCUUGCGCUGCAUCCCUGUCGAACGGCACAGGUUCUGGGAAACGUUGCCACCGGGUGUGGCAAUUUGCUCGUGGCGUUCAUUUCAUCAUACGGGCCAUUUGUCAAUUUGAAUCUGGACGUUCGAUACGCUGCAUUGGCGAAAUAGGGCAAAUAAUAACCUCUCUAACGUCUGCAUUCUCUUAUUUACUCAAAAAUUUAAGUAAAUAAAACAUCAUUAUAUAUUGUAAAUAGUUAUAAGUUUUUUGUUUUAGGGGUUUUUUAGGUUAAUUCUACGAGUGGCGUGAAGCGAGACCGACAAUUCUCUCCUCACGCCACUCGUAGAAUAAACCCAUUUAAGUAAUUCUUCUAAUGAGUUUUCAAGGAAUUGUUUCAGAUGUUGCAGAAAAUUUUACGAUUUCUCUAGUAUUUCCAAAAGGUUUCUGGAGAAACCAUUGAAGAACAUAUGGAAACACUCCUGGAGGAAUCACAAUAGAAACUUCGAGAGGAAUCCUUAAAGAAACUUCUAGAGGAACAGAAUGAAUCCCAUGAGCAAGUUUCUGGAGGAAUC